AUGAGUGCCUCCAAGGCGCAGUCUCAAAAGAUCUUUGAGAAGCUGAAGCUGAAGCCCGCAAACAAGGUCUGCUUCGACUGCAACUCUAAGAAUCCCACCUGGUCAUCAGUCCCACUCGGUAUCUAUUUGUGCCUCGACUGCUCGGCUCACCAUCGCAACCUCGGUGUCCACAUCUCCUUUGUUCGUUCGACCAACCUCGACCAAUGGCAAUGGGAACAGCUGCGAGUGAUGAAGGUGGGCGGAAAUGAGUCGGCGACCAAGUACUUCCAGUCGCACGGUGGAUCUGCGGCGCUGGCGAGCAAGGAUCCCAAGGUCAAGUAUACCUCCAAUGCGGCUGUCAAAUAUAAGGAGGAGCUCAAGAGACGUGCGGCGGCGGAUGCGCAACAGUUUCCCAGUGGGGAGGUGGUCAUUACCGACUUGCCCGCUGGCACUCCAUCCGACGGCUCGAACACUCCUGCUGAGGCAGAUGACGAUUUCUUCUCUUCCUGGGACAAGCCCUCCAUCAAACGCCCGAGCAACCCUCCAUCCCGCACUGGAACGCCACCUGUCGUGAGCCGAACCGGAUCCCCUUUCCUGAACGCCGGCGCAAACGGAUCUCGCUCAAAAUCUCCUCUGUCCGCGUCCGAGGAGAAGGCUUCAUCUCCUGCCCCGACUGCCAUUCGUCCUUCCUCCUCUACUCGAAAGAUUUCUACGGCCAGCGGUGCUAAGAAGGGUGGCGUUCUGGGAGCCAAGAAGGCGCCCAAGCUCGGAGCGAAAAAAGUGGUCGCCAGUGACAUUGAUUUCGACGAGGCGGAGCGUAAGGCCAAGGAGGAGGCCGACCGCAUCGAGAAGCUUGGUUACGACCCCGAAGCUGAGCAGGCUGAGGCCGAUGCAAAGGCCAAAGCCGCCACUGCGGCCGCUCCCAUUGCUUCUCCCGCCCCUAUCAGCCCACAAAGCAAGACCCACGAGCGCAACUCUAGUGACGUUGAGCGACUUGGCAUGGGUAUGAACAGACUUGGAUUUGGUCAAGUGUCGAAGCCUGCGGCUCCCAAGAAGCUUGGCUUUGGUGCCGUUGGCGCUGCCAAGUCCCCCUUGAAUGAGGAGGAGCUUGCUGAGUCCCGGACACGCUUCGGCACCCAGAAGGGUAUCUCGUCUGAUGAAUACUUCGGUCGCGAGCGUUUCGAUCCCAACGCCCAGGCUGAGGCUAAGCAGCGACUGCAAGACUUCGGCGGUGCGACGUCGAUCUCCAGCAAUGCAUACUUCGGCCGGCCCGAGGAUGAGCUCCCUGCGAUGGAUGACGGUUAUGGCGAUCUCGAAAACGCGGCCAAGGACUUUGUCCGUCGCUUCGGAAUCACUGCUGGAGACGACCUCGAGAACUUGUCUCACAUUGUCGGCGAGGGGGCUACCAAGCUUCAAGGUGCCAUUCGCAACUACCUGAACAACUAA